AUGACCACCCAACCCAACGAAAAAAAGGUCUCUCCGUUUCCACCAAACGACGACGUGGAGCAACUAGACACCGAGAUCCAGCCUGGCGAGAUCAAGCAUGGAGGCACAGGAGACGUUGAUCCAGCCCUACAGUUUCUGGCCGCAGAGGCAAUCGAAUAUACGCCCGAAGAGUCCCGCAAAGUGUUGUUCAAAAUCGAUCGAGUUCUGAUGCCUCUACUGUGUUGGGUGUAUCUCAUCCAGUUUGCCGACAAAACAUCUUUGAAUUAUGCCUCUCUAAUGGGGAUCCGCGAGGACACCCACCUGGACCCAAACUCGCAGCAAUACAGCUGGGUGUCGAGUAUCUUCUAUGCUGGAUACAUCUUUUGGGACUACGCUGGCCUGCUUUGUGUUCGGUUUUUCCUCGGCGCGUUCGAGGCAACAGUCACUCCGGCCUUCGUACUGUUCACCUCCUGCUGGUACAAACAAGAUGAGCAGGCCAAACGCAUGGGCUUCUGGCUUGCUUGCAAUGGCUUUGCUCAAAUCCUGAUCGCGGCAAUUGCGUAUGGACUGUCGGGUGUACAGACAUCUUCCAUUGCUGUGUGGAAGAUUCUCUUCCUCGUGCUGGGCCUGCCUACCGUUCUAACCGGCGCUCUUUACUUUUGGCUCAUGCCCAACGAUCAGAUCCAGGCCAGAUUCCUGAGCCACCGGGAGAAGCUCAUUGCUGUUGAUCGCAUCCGGGGCAACUUCCAAGGCAUUGGUAGCCAUACUUGGAAAUGGGCCCAUUUCUUCGAAGCCUUCCGUGAUCCGCGCACCUAUCUCUACGUGCUCUUCUCGCUCUUGAUGAAUAUCCCCAACGGGGGCAUCACGACCUUCGGUUCUAUCGUGAUCAGCUCUUUUGGCUUCUCCAGUCGCAUGUCCCUCUUGCUCAACAUGCCAAUGGGACUUGUCGACAUUGUCUGCAAGCUCGGGUUGACAUAUCUCUCGGACAGAUUUCUGGAUCGCACCAUCUUUGCUAUAAUCGCCAUCCUGAUACCCAUGGUGGGUGGCAUCCUGAUGAUUGUCCUACCCCUUCAUGCCAAAGCUGGCCUGCUGGUAGGCUACUAUUUUAUCGGCGCUGCAGGCACCUCCUGGUGUUUGGUCAUGGUGAUGAUAUCCAACAAUACGCUCGGCUACACCAAGAAGGCCACAGUGAAUGGCCUCCAGAUAUUGGCCUACGCCGCGGGAAACUGGAUUGGACCGCAGACAUUCCGCUCAACCCAAGCGCCCGAGUAUUUUGACGGCAAGCUGAUGGUCGCCAUCAUGUACGCUCUCGCAGCAGUCACCUUACUGGCUAUUCGUCUGGUAAACAUUUUCGAAAACAGGAGACGCGACCGAAAGGCUCUUUCCGAUCCCGCAGGCGAUAACGUGGCUAUCGGCACUGAGUUCCUCGACUUGACGGAUUUUGAGCAGCCGGCUUUCCGCUAUGUACUUUGA